GCGGCGAGCACUGGGCCGGCCGAGCAGUGCGGCAUCUGUUGUGUCACGGGGGGGUGUUGUGUCACCUCCGUUCUCAUGUGGUCCGCGGCGCCGUCUGUGUGUUCUUCACGCCUCCGUCCGGUACACAGAGCUUCGUGCAACAGGUAUUGCAACCACUUCUGAAGAUGAUUUUGCCAUUGGGGUUAUUGAUUUUAUCUGCCUCGCAGAUUCAUGUAAGCUUCAUGGUGUAUUUUGUUGCUUUACUCCAUUUGUGGCCUGUGGAAGGCGACAUCAUAGCAUAUUCCAUUGAUAAUCAAACACAGAAUUUUGAUGAUCUCCCAUCAAGAUUUGGUUACCGUCUUCCUAAAGAUGGCUUAAAGGGGUUUCUUGUGUAUUCAAAACCAAAGAAUGCUUGUGAACCAAUUAUUUCCCCACCAACAAUGGAAAACUCCUCCGUCAACUUCAUUGUUGUGAUUAGAAGAUUUGACUGCAAUUUUGAUAUCAAGGUUUUGAAUGCUCAACGAGCUGGAUACAAAGCUGCCAUUGUAUACAAUGUUGAUUCUGAUGAUCUUAUUAGUAUGGGGUCCAAUGAUGUUGAUAUUUUUAAACAAAUCACCAUUCCAUCCGUGUUUAUUGGGGCAGCAUCAGCUAAGUACCUGGAAGAAUUCAGCUAUUUCAGAGGUGGGCAUAUAGUGAUACUACCUGAUUUUAGCCUUCCAUUGGAGUACUAUCUAAUUCCAUUCCUCAUCAUAGUCGGAAUCUGCUUAAUCCUGAUUGCUAUUUUUAUGAUUUCAAAAUUUAUUCAAGAUAGACACAGGGCAAGAAGAAACAGGUUGCGUAAAGAUCAGCUGAAGAAGCUACCAGUACAUAAAUUCAAAAAGGGGGAUGAAUAUGAAGUAUGUGCAAUUUGUCUGGAUGAAUAUGAAGAAGGUGACAAGCUUCGCAUCCUGCCCUGUUCACAUGCAUAUCACUGUAAAUGUGUGGACCCGUGGCUAACUAGAACAAAGAAAACCUGUCCUGUGUGCAAACAAAAGGUGGUGGCAUCUCAGGGGGAGUCUGAUUCAGAAACCGACGAGGUGGACAGCAGCCAUGAAGAAAACGACGAUGCCUCCGAGAACACUCCUCUGCUGAGAUCAUCGCUCGCCUCCACCAGUGCUCAUUCCUUCGGCACUAUGACAGAAUCUCAGUCUCACCAAGAAGCUGUGGAGUCCUCUGAGUACGAGUAUGAGGAGGAGGAGGAGGAGGAGGAGGAGGAGGAGGAGGGAGAUGACAGCAGUGAAGCUGAGGACGGCAUUCAUGAAGAAACAGUCAUUCAGAUGCAACAGAAAAACCCUGAAGCCAGCACUGGAGAGAGAGGAACCAGAGAGCCAUUUGCAGUAGUUUGAUGAUUUAGUUUUUUUAAAAACACAAAAUCUGCACAUCCUUUAAAAACAAUGAGUGUCAAAAUUAAAAGUUGGGGAAAUCUUUCCAUUUGCUUUUCCACAGUUGAUGUAUUGCAACUUCACAAUACACAUAUGCAAAUUUUCUAUGAAUUUAAAACCUUUCGCAGCUUCCUUUUGUCAAGGCUGCUGGAGUGAAAUGCGGUUCUCAAGUAAUACAAAGCUGCCAACCAUUGAUUUUUGGUGAUCUAACACAGAUCAAAGCUGAGCGGCCUAAUGUUUCCCCUGAAUCACUGCCGCCUGUUUUAUCAUUAUUGCGGCAAUCUGGAAAAGUGUUGCAUUGAUCAGAAAACUACCAGGUAGCUGGGUUGAACCAGUUAGACAAAUCCUAUAGAAUGACCUUAACACAAAGUAAGCAACUUGUAUACUGAGGUGGCUGAAUGUCUGACUGUUCCUUUGUAAAAAUGCUUAAAUCAUGUAAUUUUAUUAGUUUCUUGUGUAUUCUGCUUUCAACCCAAGAAUCCAGCCAAUUAUUUUAGAUGUAUUUGCCCCAAUCAGGUUUAUUACAGCAACUGAAAUUCUCAAUUCUUUUUGGAUUUGAUUUUAAAGAGAGAAAAUUCUGCACCUGAUUUCACUUGCUAUAGAUCAAUACAUUGACAUGUAAUUAAGUAGAAAAAGAUUAAUAAUUUUCUACUGAACACUCCCUAUAAAUGCUUCAGAAUUUGUCUCCGGUUUUGUUUUAAUAUUUUGAAUUGCAUUACAAGAGGGAGCCAGCAAAUAGCUUGGUACUUUAUUUUGAGUGUCUUUAGGUAGAUUUUUAAUUUGAGCUAUUUGAACAAAGUUUGUGUCAAUCACCUCUACAAUUGUAUGUACGUAUUAUGUGCCAAGAUGGUGCAUAUAUCACUGACCUUGAAAGCUAAGAUUCUUAAUAAAAAUGUUAUAACAAAAAAGUAGUUUACAACAUGACCUAUUGUAAUGCCAAUGCUGACUGAAUGUGAUUUUUGCAUAAUUUGUUUUAAAUUUCACCUGGUCCUUUAUCUCUACAUCUGAGGGAGAUGUCACCAGGUUACAUAAAGUGGAGGAUUUGAUUAUAUGGAGUUUAUCACUCAUAGUUACCUUCAAGUAGGAAGAUUAAGAGGGACAGUCUAUGCCAUUUUAGUGGUUUUGAAUCCUCUAUUGUUAGAGGGGGAAAGAAACUUGUGUUGCAACAGUGCUGUAAUGUCAGACUGGAUAUGAUGGGGUGCUGUUCAAUGAAUUAAUUAAUGUGGGUACAUAUUUUUUUUCAGGUAGGCAACAUGGUUGUAAUCAGAAUGAUGCAUCCUGUUGCACAAUUAAGGUCAUACAGCAGAACUGUUUGGGCAUUUCAUUCCGGAAGUGAUUGGAUUUGAAUAUAACCCUUGGGUGUACUUCAUUCAUUUGAUCUUCCUUGAAAUGUUUUUAACAAAUUGCUGUCCUGUGAUCUGUUGGGGCACAGCACUGUAUUAAAUUUAAGAAAAGUUGAUCCCAAAUUCCUCUUCUAACUCCUCACAAAACAGCAGUAGUACUUUUAUUUUAAUGUCAGUUGCUUUGUGUUCUAAUCUUGCAAAUGUUAACUGAAUAGUUACAUCUUGCACUGUUGAUGGAAAUUAUAAAGAUCUUUAGAUCAUAUUUCUGUUACCAAAAGGAAUCCACUCUGUUACAAUGAGGAUUUGUUCAUCCUCAGCUUCCUAGAUGCAAGCACAGCUGAAUCUUGAUCAAUUAAAAGUAAAUUUAAACUUCAAGAAAUAUUUUCUUGACAACAUUCCUUUGAAAGUUGGAACAGGAGACAAAAGUAAUCAACUUUAGAAAUGAUUGGUGAGAAUGUUUGCAUUGUGAGCCUGAGAGUCAGUUUAUCUCAGCAAUUCACUUUACAUUUUGGAGAUGAUUCCCAAGGACUUUUCAAAAUUAAAGUUAGUUAAGCCAGACUGUAGUAGCUCUCAAGUUACCUUACCUGAUGAUGAUAUUUGGUUGUGGUAGCUUGAGAUAGUAAAAUAACUCUCUGGAUAACAGGUGAGUUUGUUUCGAUACAUUCGGACACUUGUUAGCUGCUGUGGUUUCAUAAGGAGCAUGCAUUGCUUGUUAUUGCUUGGUGGUUCCUUUAGGUAAUUCCAAUCUGUUAUGAACUUGUAUGAUGUAACAACUAAUGCCUCUAUUUCCAAACUUGCUGUUCUUAUAUUGUCAGGUAACCUUCUCAUUGAAAAACCCAAGAUUACUUCAUUAUAACACAGCUGCAAACACUUUAAAUGAAAUAAAGCUGGCUUCCAUAAAAAUCGCUUUAUAAGCUCUUGCAGCUUUAGAACAAGAAUGCCUUUUUUCUUUAAAGAUGUUUAAAAUUCUUUUCCGUGGAUAAUACACAGCCAUCACAGCCCAUGGUACCCUGUUUUCUCAAGGUAAAUGACUGAGAACAGGAAUUUUUUUAAAUUCAUAAUCAACAUUUGUUGAUCUAACUAGACAUUAUUUUCCUUUACCACAAAAUAUUACCAAGUACAAUAUUUUUGAUCUGAUUUGCUUUGUAUGUUGUAUUUCGAAAUGAGUUACUAAGAUACAUAGCUCUAAUAUUGUAUAUUCAGUUCUGACCAUUACAAAUUUGUAAAUUUAUUCCAAUCAAAAAAUCUUAAGACAUUUCAUUUUAACCUGCAUUUUAAAAAUGUGAGUGACACUAAUGUGAUUACUAAGGGAAUGUGUCUCAAAUAUCUGUUGUUCCACCCUAGCAGUCAGCAUCUUUCUGGUUUACUUUAAUUUUGGAUUAAUUGAAUUAAAUAUGUUUCUUUCUAAUGUCUGAGAGGCAUGCCCAUUUCCAAACACACAUGCAAAAUUUAGUGUUCAUUUAACUUAUCCUCUAUAGAUGCUACACACAUACACAUUUUUUUUUAGAAAACUGCACUCCAAAGCUAUUUUUUGAGUUCUUUUCAAUUGAGGCUAUAAUAUUGUAAUCAUUUCAUAGAAUAAAAGACAUAUUUCCAAA